UGAUCAAACUUGCAUGGAUUUUUCCUGCUAUUUUUACAGCGAAUGUGGUUUUUCUAGAACGUUUCAAAUUAAGACACGUACCAGUAAGACAUGUGACAGAGCCAGGUGACUGUGUGUAACAGGAACUGUAAGUGUAAAUGAGAGACAGAACUGAUUGCAUUUCUAAUAUCGGCUUCUAAAGUCAUUUAUAAAGACUUUAUUCGGUUCCCAACAGAAGCACAAACACCAAACAGAACACGAUCAUUGUUAAGAACCUAAUUGUUAAAUCCGAUAUUAUUUGGACAGAAAAGCUUCAUUUUGAUUGCUGAGCUGCAUCGAAGUUGUUGUAAACGACACUUUAAGCAUGUUUUCCAGGAAUGGAUGUAAACUUGGAUACUGAAGAUUUCUUCUUUAUUGUUGUGUGGAGUUACCUGAUCCAACAUGUACUUAUCAGUUCAGUGGAAAUCACAUGUGAAUACCAGCUGAUGUGAAUCAUCGGUUCCAGAUACAGACGUCUGUACUGUGAGCAGGACGAAGCCCCACCUCUACAGCAUAAAAGCUCAGGACGGUGUUAUAUCACUACACACAGCCUUCUUUCACGCUCACAAUCGAAUUGGACGGAUGAAUCAUGGCAACGGUUUUACAGAGCAGAACGACAUAUUUUCCUUCACUGAUAGCACCAGGACCAAAUAUGUUCCAGCAUGACAAUACACACAAAAUGAGCUCCAUGAAGACCUGGUUUGCCAAGAAAUCUGUUGUAGAAGAACUGGAAUGGAUUGCACAAAGCUAGCCAUGCUAAGUUAAUCCAAACCUCAUAUUCUGAGCUGUCUGAAUUGAAGUGAGCUGAUUGUGUCCAACGUCACACCCACAGCGUUCGAGCUACCGUCUGGAGGAACCAGAGUGCAAUUCAUUUGACAGCUCCAUAACUGUACCAAUAGAGGACGCUGUAACACCAUACUAAAGAUUUCAAUAGUAAAUACAUGAGAAAGUUCACUUAUGUAAUAAUCUUUGGACUAAUCACUACAGUCAUCCUGUUUCACUUGUGUUCUUAACUUUAAUAAGGGAUUUAAUCAAUUAAACAUGCUCCUUAUUAGAAGAAAGCAGUGGUAUCUAUUAGCCAGAUCACUUCCAGAUGUUGCUGAGAUACAGUAAUUUCGUCACCUAUCUGUUGCACCUGAUGCAAAUCAGUCCCACCGAUUAAAUAAUGCCAAAGUGGUGGCAGAGGCCAGGACGAUUAGAUAAAAUCUACAAAGCAGAAUGUGUGAACUGGUCCGUAGUUUCUAGUGGAUGCUAAACAGACAGGAUCAAUGAUAAUAGAACAAUAAACAACAACAACAACAACAACAAAAAGACAAGGUGAGACCACAAGAUAACUCAUUGAAGUCACCGAUGAAUAAAGUGAUGUUAAUCGUUUGAAGCUAUGAGUUAAUAUAUAGAGGUCAUAAUAUAAUAUUUAGAGAGUAUAAUAGUAGUGGUCAUGAGAUCCUGAGCAUCCAGUCUAUUAACUUUAUUUAUGUCUCCCAGCAGCAGAUAGGAAAAGUCUAUUUGCUUUGAGAAUUUGUUUAAGGUUCAGUGAGCUAAUGUUACAUCGGUGUCACAAUUGCAGUUGAUUUAUUAAUGUGCUGUUUAAUAUUAAUAAACUUCAUCUUAUAUAUACAGUAUACUAUAUUACCUGUAACACCUGUCGUCAACAGUUUUAAUUAAAGCUAAAGAUUGUACAUUUGUUAUUUCUGGCAUGUUUAUAAGUGUCUAUAUGUUUUGUUUAAUUUGUAGUUUGCUAGAAAGUGACUUAUCUGGCAACAGGACAAAGCCCCACCUUAUAGAGCUUCCCUUAAUAAAGCACAUCAUCUUCCUACGGUCCAAUAUACACUUGGUCUCGGUCUGAGGAGACACGACGCAGCCCAACAUGACGACCAAGAACGAUUCUGCUAAUGACACCAUACUAGAUAAGUACUUACUCUGCAACAACAACAACGUAAGGGCCUUCAGCAGAGUCUUCCUCCCUACACUCUACAGCAUCGUCUUCAUCGUGGGGUUCAUCGGCAACUGCCUGGUUGUUUGUGUCCUGGUCAAGUUCCACAAAAAGUCCAACAUGUCAGAUGUGUGUCUCUUCAACCUGGCGCUUUCAGACCUCCUCUUCCUUCUCUCAUUACCUUUCUGGGCUCACUACGCCCUCACCAGUCAGUGGACCUUCGGGAGCUUCAUGUGCCGUACAGUGACAGCGUUCUACAUGCUGGGAUUCUAUGGAAGCAUCUUCUUCAUGAUCCUUAUGACCAUUGAGCGCUACAGUGUCAUUGUCCAUACCCAGACCUCCCUGUUCUCUAAGCACCGGUCUGUCAGAGCUAGCAUAGCCCUGGUUUUGUUUAUGUGGACACUUAGCCUGGGAGCUUCUCUGCCCACCGUCAUUUGGGCACAAGUGAACAAUAAAUCAGAAGUAUGGACAUGCAGUUUGGAAUAUCCAAAAGGAACAAAGUGGAGGUCUUUCUCUUACAUGGAGUUGAACAUCCUUGUUUUAAUUAUUCCUCUGUCAGUGAUGUUGUUCUGCUACUCGCGCAUCAUCCCUAUCUUAAUGACCAUGAAGUCUCAGAAGAAACACAGAGCUGUCAGGCUCAUGCUGGUCUUGGUCAGUGUUUUCUUCCUCUUCUGGACACCUUACAACAUCGUCAUCUUCCUGAAAUUCCUGCAGUAUCUGGAUUACAUGAGCACUUGUAAGUGGUAUCAGGACCUGACCAUGGCUAUGCAGUGGGUGGAAACCAUAGCGUUCUGUCACUGCUGCAUCAACCCCAUCAUCUACGCCUUUGUGGGGCAGAGAUUCAGGAAUUUAUUUCUAAAGAUCUUGAAAUUGUGGUUUCCUUGUUGCUUUGGUCGCUGCACUACAACUGAAAGUGAACUGAAGAGGACCAUUAGGUACUCCUCAGAGAUUUCUGGCACAAAGAUAAAACUAAAAGGUGGUUAAAACCAUUAUCACAUUUGUACUACUAUUAACUCUUAUUAUGCCUGGAUGGACAAUGUAGCCAUGUAAUGUGAAGACCUUAAUGAACACUGCGUUAUAAAAAUAAUAUAAUAUAUAAAUAAUAUAAAUGCUGUAUAAAUAAUAAAAAGAGUGAAUGAAACAAAUCCACAUCCAGCCAAUAAUUCAGCUUGUAUAUUCAUUUUAAAGGCUGCCAAGUGUGCAUGUUUUUUUCCAUGGAAGUUUAAAGUCAACUAAAUAACCAGUCAAACAGUUUACUUAAAGUCACAGAA